AGUGCUCCUCGCUCUGCUCACGCUCGGGUUGUGGUUGAGAGGUCAACUCGUUCCUUCGCCGCGCUCCUCGCCACGACCCCGGGAUACAUUCCGUGGCUCGUCAGCCCACUCUCACUAACCCCUCGUCACCCCCUCAUUCUACAUCACUCCUCUUCACUCCUCGCUGUCGCCGCUCGCUGUCGCCGAAGCUGCUCGCUUCCCCGAGGGCAAGAGCAGUGGGAUCGGGUCCAAGGGGCGCGCUGUCCAAGCUCCAGAGACCCGGGAGGCCAGGGGAGGCGCCACCAUGUCCGCGGUGCAGGUACGGCUGCAGAGCCUGGUGUUGUCGAAUGACAUCCUGUGCCAGGUGAGGGUGCGCAUGCGAGCUGCCAUGGAUGCCGGCCUGGGCCAGCAGACCCAUGACGCUGCUUCCAUCAAGAUGCUGCCGUCUUUUGUGCGCUCCACGCCUGAUGGCACAGAGCGGGGGGAAUACCUGGCUCUGGACCUGGGAGGGACCAACUUCCGCGUGCUACGGGUGAAGAUUGCUGACGAAAGUGGCCAGCAGCAAGUGUUCAUGGAGAACGAGAUCUACGUCAUUCCCAAGGAGGCCAUGGCUGGCACCGCUGAGCAGCUGUUUGACCUGAUCGCCAAAUGUCUGUCUGACUUCCUGGAAAAACGCAACAUCAAGAGCCAAAAGCUGCCCCUUGCCUUCACGUUCUCCUUUCCUUGCAAGCAGACCAAGUUGGAUGAGAGCACACUGCUGACUUGGACGAAGGGGUUCAAGACGAGUGGUGUGGAGGGCCGUGACAUUGUUCAGCUGCUGCGGGAGGCCAUCAAGCGUCGUGGGGACUUUGACAUAGACGUAGUGGCUGUGGUGAAUGAUACCGUGGGCACCAUGAUGACAUGCGGCUACGAUGACCAACGUUGUGAAGUCGGCCUCAUUGUCGGCACGGGCACCAACGUGUGCUACAUGGAGGAGCUGAGCAACGUGGAGCUGGUGGAAGGUGACGAGGGCCGCAUGUGCGUCAACACAGAGUGGGGCGCCUUCGGGGACGAUGGGGCGCUCGAUGACGUGCUCACCGAGUUUGAUCGCAAGCUCGACCACGACUCUCUCAACCCCGGCAAGCAGCUGUACGAGAAGAUGAUCAGCGGCAUGUACUUGGGUGAGAUUGUGCGCUUGGUGUUGGUGAAGCUCACGGAGGAGGGGCUGCUUUUUGGAGGAAAGGUGUCAUCUGCGCUUGGUACCAAGGGAUCAUUCGAGACGCGCUUCGUGUCUGCCAUGGAAAAGGAAAAUGUAGGGCUUGAGAAGGCAGAGAAGAUCCUCAAGGACUUGGGGCUGCAAGUUUCAGUGCAGGACUGUGAAGCCGCCUGUCUGAUCUGCUGCCUGGUGUCUACUCGUUCCGCCCACCUGUGUGCCGCCGGCUUGGCUGCCGUGGUGACACGGAUUCGGCAAAACCAGGCCAAGGAUCGGCUGCAGACGACCGUGGGUGUGGACGGCUCUGUCUACAAGCUGCACCCUCAGUUCAGUCAACGGCUCCAGGAUGCCUUGAAGCUCCUCGUUCCUGAAUGUGAGGUUCGCUUCAUCUUGUCCGAAGACGGCAGUGGGAAGGGUGCCGCUAUGGUGACAGCCGUGGCAUACCGGCUCGCGCAGCAGCGCCGUCAGAUUGAUCAGAAGCUCGCACCGCUCAAGCUGGACCACAAGGUGCUGAAGGAUGUGAAGCGUCAUUUGCGCGAGGAGAUGGAGCGUGGACUCAAAUGUGAGAGCCACAAAGAAGCCUCUGUAAAGAUGCUUCCCUCCUACGUGCGCACCAUCCCCAAUGGCAAUGAGGAGGGAGAAUUCCUGACGCUGGACCUCGGGGGUGGGAACUUCAUCGUGAUGCUGGUGAAGCUGCCAGGGGGUGGUCGGCGCGAGGCUUCCAUCUUCAAAAAGAUUUACUCCGUGCCCGAGAACAUACAGCGGGGCACUGCUGAGAAGCUGUUCGACCACUUGGCAGAGUGUGCGGGAGAGCUGCUGCGGGAGAGUGGCCGGAGCGGCCGAUCCAUCCACGUGGGGCUCAUCUUCUCAUUCCCCUGCCGGCAGGGCUCACUUGGGGAGGGACAGCUGAUAGAAUGGACCAAAAUGUUUGGCGCUUCAGGAUGUGAGGGAGAAGAUGUGGUGACAUUGCUUAAGGAGGCCAUUGCUCGGCGCAAUGAGUUUGAGGUUAAGUCUGUGACGCUGACAAACGACACGGUGGCUACCAUGAUGUCAGUGGCCUACACAAGCCCGCACUGCCAGGCAGCCCUCAUAGUCGGCACGGGUUGUAACGUGUGCUACAUGGAGGAGCUGGAUAAAGUGGAGCUGGUGAAGGGGGAGGGAGGCAUCGGCAGCCCCGGGGAGGGGGAGGAAGGCCCCCGCAUGUGUGUGAAUGUAGAGCUGGGAGCUUUUGGGGACAACGGUUCACUCGAACACUUGAGGACUGACAUUGACAGAAACAUGGACAAGUCUUCCCUCAAUCCCGGCAAGCAGAGGUUUGAGAAGAUGAUGAGCGGGAUGUACCUGGGUGAGAUUGUGAGGAACAUCCUCAUCGACCUGACCGAGUUGGGCCUCCUAUUCCGUGGGGUCGUGUCCGAGAGGCUGCGCACACCCGGCAUCUUCGAGACGCGCUUCCUGUCCUACAUUGAGAGUGACAGGCUGGCUCUGCUGGAGGUGCGCUCGAUCUUACGACAGCUGGGAUUAGACUCGACAUGCGACGAUAGUCUGGUGGUGAAGGAGGUUUGCCAAGUGGUAUCACGCCGUGCCGCCCAGCUCUGUGGUGCCGCCAUGGCAGCUGUGGUGGACAAAAUGAGAGAGGGCCGCGGCGUGCAGCAGCUGAAGCUGACUGUGGGCGUGGAUGGCACCAUGUACAAGCUGCACCCCAGCUUCUCACGCGUGAUGCAGGAGACGGUUCGGGAGCUGGCGCAUCGUUGCGUGCUCACAUUCCGCAUCUCGGAAGACGGUAGUGGAAAAGGGGCAGCGCUCAUCGUAGCGUCCGGGAUGAGCCAGGACGCCAAGGCCUGCGAGUAGGCUGGGGCCGCCCACGCUUGGAGCUGGGCUCUGGGCUCACUGACUGCAGUGCCCAUUAACCUUAAUGUCAGCUGUUUAGUCUCACCCCUCACUAAGAGCACAGUUAGAUAAAUGGUGUAGAAUGUUUUCUUGGUUGUUAAUAAGCACAUUUGCUCACAAUACACGAACCACGUUUCGUGGCAACUGUUGUUGCUUGAAUGUAUGAUGUCUGUCUUCCUCUUUCCAUGUCCUUGUCCCCAUCCUACUCCUUUAAAACCGUUCACUGUGGAAGUUAUUGUAGGCAUUCCCACGUUCGUGACCUCCUGCCAGGUAUUGCCUCUCACCCCUUGUGCCCUGUGUCAUGCAUCACUGCCCGUGUUUAACACUACUGACGGCGACACGGCACUGUUUGUGUGCAUGUCUGUAAUUUUGUAGUGUCACUAUGCAGUAGCGGUAUCCUGUCUCGUGUGCUGGUGCUAAGCCGCCGAGACAAGUUUGGUCGACACUAAAAGAGCUAGAAUACAGGUGCAUUACUGAGUCAGCUUAAUUUCUCACGCAAUAUGUUCUGGGUCGCCGGUAGACUGGAGUAGGUGGCACGCCAUUAAUGGCAUACCCAAAGCGAGAGGCAAACUGCAUGUGGUGGGUGUAAUUUUAUUGUGGGUCAGCAACCCGGACAGACCUGGCUUGAAAUUAAGCCCUGCACACUCGAGUUGGAGUAUUUGUGUGUGGUCCUCUCCAGACAUGCUCACUGUAUUGGUGUUAUGUUGUGCGCUCCUGUGAGAAUACAAUUAUUUCUGUGUCAAGCAAA